GCUUUUAGAUGGCCGACGAAAACUACCUCCGGAGUAGAAGGACAAAACUCACAUAAAACGGCAUAUUUUUCGAGUGGUUUUAUAGAUUAUUUUCUUUCUAUAUAGUAUAUCGUAUACUUAAAUCAGAUUUUAAUAGACAAAAUUUAUCGUUAAUAUUGAGUACGUUCACUGUCUCUAUGUAAGGUCCCCGGUAUUGUUUUUGUCGGCCCACUAAAUGCGUUCCACAUGGUAAAUAACAUUUUUGUUUCACUCAAAUGUUAGGAGUAACCACAUGAUUUUUACUUUUAAAAUUCCUAGCCGCCAUCAUGUUGAAAUCCAAAACCUUCGUUAAAAAGACUCGCUCAGGUGGGGUCAUGAAAAUUGUACGUGAGCAUUACCUGAGAGAUGAUAUUUGGUGUGGAAGCGAAGUUUGCAACGAAUGUCAGCAGGAGUCCAGCGUGCUGCAGAGAGAUGCGUGUAUUGAGAGCAACUUGUGUUCUUUUCCACAUUAUCUGAUCCCUGACACGAAUGUGGUGUUGCAUCAGAUUGACGUGCUGGAGGAUCCUGUGAUUCGGAACGUCGUCAUCCUUCAGACUGUUCUGCAGGAAGUCCGGCACCGUAGUGCUCCGGUUUAUAAACGCCUGAAGGACCUAAUACAUGAAAAAGAAAGAUACUUCUACACCUUUACCAAUGAACACCACAGAGAAACAUUCAUCGAACGCGAGCCAGGCGAGAGCGCCAAUGACCGGAAUGACCGAGCAAUCCGCGUGGCGACCAAAUGGUACAGCCAGCACUUGAAUAAGUGUGACGCCGAUGGCCUUAAGGUGGUUCUUCUGACUAACGACCUCGGGAACAAGCAGAAGGCGGAAGAGACUGGUCUGCUGGCGUAUAAAUUUGAGGAGUACGUCAGGGGUCUGAUCGCAAAUCCUGAGCUCGUGGAUCGCCUGGCGUUGUCAAACGACGACAAGAAUGACAUCACCAGCAGUAAAGUCCUAUUCCCAGAGCACCUCCCGCUAUCCAGGAUCCAGGCAGGCAUCAAAAGCGGCUCUUUCCUCCAAGGGACCUUUAAGGCAAGCAGGGACAACUACCUGGAGGCCACGGUCUUCAUCCAAAAAGACGAGGAAGACGGCACAGAGGUCCUCAUCCAGGGCCUUCAGAACCUCAACAGAGCCGUGCACCAAGACGUGGUGGCGGUGCAGCUGUUGCCUCGCAGCCAGUGGGUGGCGCCGUCCGCCGUCGUGCUGCAGGACGUGGGCUCGGCCAAGGACGACACCACGGAGGAAGAGGAGGACGAUGCUCUGAAAGGUUCAGCGGGGGACGUGGACAGGAAGCCCACCGGCAAAAUAGUGGGCAUCAUCAAGAGGGGCUGGAGGCCCUUUUGUGGCAUGCUUAAUGUCUCCCAAAUCAAAGAGUCCACACGCCACCUCUUCACGCCGGCGGACCGCCGCAUUCCACGCAUUCGCAUCGAAACUCGCCAAGCGUCCACGUUGGCAGGCCAGAGGAUCAUGGUGGCCAUCGACGGCUGGCCCAAGGACUCCAGAUAUCCAAACGGUCACUUUGUUCGUAGUUUGGGCACGGCGGGGGAGAAGGACACGGAAGAGGAAGUCCUCCUGCUGGAGCACGAUGUUCCUCAUCAGACGUUCUCUCAGGCAGUGCUCAGUUUUCUUCCCAAAAUGCCGUGGUGCAUCAAACCCGAGGACAUGGUGGGGAGGGAGGACCUCAGGCAUCUGACGGUCUGCAGCGUGGAUCCUCCAGGAUGCACGGACAUCGACGACGCUCUGCACUGUCGACAGCUGAACAACGGAAACUUUGAGGUGGGCGUCCACAUCGCUGAUGUCAGUCACUUCAUCAGACCCGGAAACGCUCUGGACAAAGAAGCCGCCAACCGAGGCACAACCGUUUACCUCUGCGGCAAGAGGAUCGAUAUGGUUCCCGAACUGCUCAGCUCCAAUCUUUGUUCCCUACGCUCCAACGUGGAGAGGCUGGCUUUCUCGUGCAUCUGGGAGAUGAACCAAGAGGCGGAAGUCCUAAAAACACGCUUCACAAAAAGCGUCAUCAACUCCAAGGCAUCGCUAACCUACGCGGAGGCGCAGAUGAGGAUCGAUGACACCAGCAAGAAGGACGACAUCACCAGGAGCCUGCGUGGCCUCAACAAACUCGCCAAAAUCCUCAAACGAGGAAGGAUCGAGAAAGGGGCGCUGACGCUGUCCUCCCUGGAGGUCCGCUUCCACAUGGACAGUGAAACCCACGACCCCAUUGAGCUCCAGACCAAAGAGCUUAUGGAGACCAACUCCAUGGUGGAGGAGUUCAUGUUGCUGGCCAACAUUUCCGUGGCUCAGAAGAUCUACGAUGAGUUCUCAGACUGCGCCUUGCUGAGGAAACAUCCGGCACCUCCACCAUCCAACUACGACAUCCUCCUGAAGGCCGCCAAGUCCAAGGCCGUGCAGAUCCAUACCGACUCCGCCAAGGCGCUGGCUGACUCCCUGGAAUCCGCCAAAGUGGAAAACUUCCCGUACUUCAACACACUCCUUCGCAUCUUGGCCACCCGCUGCAUGAUGCAGGCCGUCUAUUUCUGCUCGGGCAUGGACCGGGACUUCCACCAUUACGGCCUGGCUUCACCAAUCUACACGCACUUCACGUCGCCCAUUCGGAGGUAUGCUGAUAUUAUUGUACACCGCCUCCUGGCUGUGGCCAUCGGAGCGGACAGCACCUACCCGGAUUUGACGGACAAACAUAAACAGUCGGCCUUGUGCAACAACCUCAACUACAGGCACAAAAUGUCCCAGUAUGCUCAGCGGGCGUCUGUGGCCUUCCAUACACAGCUGUUCUUCAAGACCAGAGGCAUUCUGAGCGAGGAAGGGUUUGUCCUCUUCGUGAGGAAGAACGCCAUCAUCGUCCUCAUCCCCAAGUUCGGCCUGGAGGGAACAGUCUUCUUCGACGGCAAAGACAAGAGCGGCAUACGCCUUGUUUUUGAUGAGGAGGCUCCGUCUCUGACUGUAGAGCAGCACACCUUCCGUAUCUUUGACCGGGUGAAGGUCACCAUCAGCUUAGACGACUCCAACAUUCAACACCAGAAGAUCCGCAUGGCUCUCACGGAGCCGGUGAUUCCAGGCGUGAGCGUUUCAGCCCAAGAUGCCGGACCACAAGCCAAGAAGCCCAAACUGGAUCGCUGAUCAAGAACUCUUAAUCUUAGAUUAAUCUUUGGAACAUUUAAUAAACCUGAAGUGAUAUCAAUACAUCCAUAUUUGAUAGUAAAAUAAACAGUGUGCUGGUCAUUUUAUUGUAAAGGUUCCCUAUGUUCCAUGUAAAAAAAAAUGACCUACUUACUCACGGUGCAACAAAAUAACACAUCCACAGCAAGUUAGCGUUUAACAUUAAUCAACUAUAGCUGCUUCGUGGGUAAUAAAGAGGUAAGCGCUAAAUAAAACUUGUACCUUGUAAAUUACGAGUGCCCACAAAGUAUGCUGGGUAGUCCUGUGGCGAAUAAUCAAACGGAAAUCAGGAGUUUGUGGAAGUCUCUCGUUUACUUCCUCGAUCAACAUGUUUGGCAAUCAAAUAGAAAUGUGAGUGCGCCACAAGCUACCCAGCAUGCUUUGCGGUAAUGUACGGGUGUCGUGCACACAUUUGUAUGAUGCAGUAGAUAGGUUACAUUGUGUGUCAAGUUGCUUUUUUUUUUUUUACUAUUUCCUGUGCGGUGGACAGAAUUACGAGUUUUUAAGGUAACGUAUCACAUUAAUCAACUAUAGUGCCCACAAAGUAUGCUGGGUAGUCCUGUGGCGCAUGAUCAAACGGACAUCAGGAGUAUGUGGAAGUCUCGUUUACUUCCUCGAUCAACAUGUUCGGCAAUCAAGCAAAAAAAUGAGAGUGCUCCACAAGUUACCAAGCAUGCUUUGCGGCAAGAAUGUAUGGGUGUCGUGCACAUUUCUUUUUCUUUGAUGCAUUAGGUAGGUUAUAUUGUGUGUCAAGUUGCUUUUUUUGACUAUUUCCUGUGCGUUUGAAGCAUUUAGAAACGCCCGGUGGACAGAAUUAAGACGUUCUGUGGGCCGCAUGUGUGCCCGCAAGCUGCUAUUGUAUUUUGACUUUUAAUUCAUCACUUUUUAUGACAAGUAAAAUGACUGCUAUAGCCUUGUGGAUCCUUGAUAUUGUUUUCUACAUACGUUACAGUAUGUUGAAUCGACACAAUACGGAGUAUAUUCAAGUAUCAGGAAACAAAAAAUAAUAACAUGAACUAUAUUACUGAAGUGAAAAAAAAACAUGUUAUUAAUCAGGUAAAAAGCAAUAGUGUCCAUUUAAAUAAUCCAGCAACGGUCAUCAGUGGUAUUCUUAUUUCGAGUGAGGGAAA